GAAGGCCAUGGUCCCUCGACGCCUCCUGUUGGUCGGCGAGGGGAAUUUCUCCUUCGCUGCCGCUCUGAGCGAGACGAUGGAGCCAAACUCUACUCUAACGGCCACCUGUCUCCAGCACCCAGCGGAUUUGGCUGGGAAUCCACUGGCCCGGGAGAAUCUGCGGCGCCUGCGCGAACGAGGUACUGAGGUACGUUUCGGUGUGGACUGCACCCAACUGGCAAAUGCCUUUGAACCACACAACAGGAAAUUUGAUCGAAUUUAUUUUAAUUUUCCUCACUGUGGACGCAAAGCUGGAGUAGCUAAGAACAGGGAACUGCUUGCCAAGUUUUUCCAGAGCUGUGCAGAUAUUCUUGCAGAGGACGGAGAAGUUCAUGUGGCACUGUGUAGAGGACAAGGCGGUACUCCCGCUGAUAAGCCCCAGAGAGAAUGGCACAACAGUUGGCAAGUAGUUGCCAUGGCAGCUCUGGGGGGCCUUAUUUUAAGUGAUGUGCUUCCCUUCAGCUGUGACGCUGUGCCGGGAUACAAGUGCACUGGAUAUAGGAGUCAAGAUAAGCCCUUUCAUGUAGAAGGUGCUUUGAACCAUGUCUUCACCCGGAGCUUACCCUUUGAAGAUUCUAAACCCAGAAUCUUCAGAAUCAAGCUGGGAGACAAGUGUUUUUCUUUUCUAGAACCAGAAGCACUUGCAGGAAAGUUGAACAGGGGUUUUCUGGAAGCAUCUUCAUGUCACCCUAUCAAAACCAUAAAUGAGAAACUCAUUGCUGGAUUGGGCUCAGCUUUCCCUCUGAAAAUGCUGAAGUGUUCUUGUCCCCUGCUGCAACAGGAAAGCACCAGUGUUUUCCCUUCCUGGAACAGUGACAUUCUGUCUGCCUUUUGGGUUAAUCUCUAUGAACAUAACUUAAAUUGCAAGUCUUUAGUUGAUGAAACACAAGAAAUCACUGAGUCUCUGGUGUCAUUUUCAGAUCGUAUCUUUGCCAGGAGUCCUAGAGGAAAUGGUAAUAAAGAAGCUCCUGAAGGAAUCUGUGAACCAGUCAAGGUCUGUCUUAGAUCUUCUCUUCUAGUCCACGUGCAGGCUGUCAUCCAAGCACCAGAUUUCCUCCCAGGAUCUCUGAACAUCCUCAGUGGACCCGUUUUUCGGAAGUGCCACAUUUCACCAUUCACAAUGCCAGCAUUUCAUGAGACUUUAGUUAUCUUUGGGGUCAAUCAAAAUCUUAAGCAUCACUGUCUUUUAUCAUUGCUGGAUCACCUAAAAGCCACGUUAGAGAGUCUUCUGACCCAGACACUGUUGGAGGAUGCUAAGCUGAGCAGUUCAGUGGAGUUUGCUCUUCAACCAAAUGGAAUAGAUUAUAUGAUUCAUGUGAAGUCUCCUAAAUUUGGCUUAGAUUGCGCCAAAGAUCUGAUUAUUGGGUCUGUCAUCACAUCUGCUAUAAGCAUUACACAUAAGGACCAAUGUUUUGUGAUUAUAUCUAUAAACUUGGAUUUAUUAACUAUGCUCAUCUGGAAUAUCUCUGACUGGAGAAUAUUAUGGACCUUUGAUAACCGUUUCCUGAAAAAUUUUGUCCCUGAGAAAAUAGCACCCUUUAAAAGCUAUUCCCUGUAUCCUCCAUGCUACGUGCAUGAUAUUAGUUUUUGGUUAAAUGAGAAGAAAGGGUUCGAUGAAUUAGAGUUUCACACUGUGGCCCGAGCAGUGUCCCAGGACACUAUUACAUCCAUACAGUUACUUGGUCGUUUUCAACACCCAAAGACUGGACAGAUCAGCUUAUGCUAUAGAUUGACCUAUCAGACAUGUGAUAAGGCCCUUACCCAGCAACAGGUAGCAUUAAGGCAGCUCCAGUUUAGAAAAGAGAUUCAACAACAACUACAUGUUACACCUCGAUAGAUUAGUAAAUUCAUUUCUACAGUAUGAUCCUUCAUUGGGUACAGAUGAAAAAGAAAAGCUUGUGAUUGGCUGAGUAUUCUCUCUGUACUGUGUUUUGUUUUGUUUAUAAAAUCUUUUUCUCUGUGACUAUAGCAUUGUUGGCUUACCCUAACGAUACUUGUAACUGUAUGACUCAAAUUUAGAGUGUAAUAUGAUUGGAGAUCUUUGGAGUUGUACAGUAUUUUGGUUUUUGAGUAAUAGACUCCUCCAAAACAAAACAAAAACACCCUAGCCUCCUAUAUGUUAGGUGCUUUGUUGCUAAGAGGCAAUAGAACUUAGUUUUCAAUCUUUAAUUAAAUAUUUUUUAGUCUACAGAAGAAUUGUUUGACAAACAGUAUACUUAGCUACAAUCAGAAUGUUAAUAUUGUUGGAAUCCUUUAUUUGCUCACAUCGAAAUCUUUGAUCUGCCUGCAUACAUAAUGAUCUGGGACUGCUGCAUGGCCAAGUAGCAGACUCUUUUUCUCCCUCUUUCUUUUUUUUUCUUUGUACCAGGGAUUGAACUCACAACCUCAUGCUUGCCACUGAGCUAAACCCCCACCCCGGCAAUAGAACUUAGAUGUCUAAUCAAUUGUGUUUAUAAAUGUAUUUCCUAAAUUGUGAGUCCCAGUUCCCUUAACUCUGUUAUCAUACCAGAUUAAUUUAUAAGGUUGGCUUUUGGGAUUAGGCCAACAUGUAUUAGCUUGAUAAAUUGCAGGCAUAUUUGGUGUUAUUACUGUAUAUCAUGAUAUCAUCAUACUUUUUCUGUAAUGGGCUUGGAAAAAUCAUGGAACCAAUAAGUGUCAGAUUUAGGAUUAAUAUUUGGGCCUGACCCUAAAGCAGUGGUGGUGAGCCUAUGGCACAUGUGCCACAGCGGGCUGUUUGUAUCACUGAAAGCUCUGAAAUGUUCACUAUCACUGCUCUAAAGCCAUUUUCUUCCUGCUACUUUCUGUUAUUUUUCUUUGAUCAGCAUGAAAUGGAUAUAUAAGAUAUAUCCAAAACAGGAUGUUUAACUUGAUAACCUGAUAACCGUGACUGCAUAUGGGAACUAGCAAUUGGAUUAAUCUCUGUUUUAAUACUUGGGAAGUUUUAGUUGAAACCAUAAUCUUCUGGGGCUCUGCUGAUUUCAGCUCUUCACCUAUAAACUUGUCUUAGUUCGUGGUACUGAGCUCCACAGCAUGGGACAGAGCUCUGAGACUGAGGCAGUGACAAUGUCAGGGUUAAAAUGAAUGAUCAUAAAGAUCAGUUAUAUUGUCAGCAAUGUGCCUUUGUAAGACUGCCUCUAUGAAAUCAAGGGUUUUCUCUUGAUCUGGUGCAAAGAUAAGUCAGUCCUCAGUUGGAAUAUGACACCAGCCUUUAUUAACUAUGCAAUUUUGGGCUUGGUUCUCUUACAGGUGAAACAAGGAGCUUGUGAGAAUUACAUUUUUAAUUUAAAAAAAUUGGGGGGCAGGGUCUCAUUAAGUCACUAAGUUGCUCAGGAGAGACUUGAACUUUUGAUCCUUCUUCCUCAGUCUUCCAGAAUCCUAGGAAUGCAUACAGGUAUGCACCACAAUACCUGCCUACGAAUUAAAGUCUUAAAAAAGAAUAAAUGUAAAAAUGCCUACCACGAUGCUGCAGAAGCAA